AUGGUAGAUUGCGAGGUUAUUUUGAAAGCAGAAGAUAUUGCUCAUGUUCUUCGCGAUGGUGUGGCGCUAUUGCCUGGAUCUCGUGAUCGUACGGGUCGUGCAAUCAUAAUUUUCCCUCCGAAGGAGCAUCAACUGAAUCCGGACAAUAUUAGGAAUAUCCUUCGAUACCUGCACACCGUGACAGCCUUUCUUUGGUUCUCGUUCUUAUAUUGGCAUUUAAGUGACGACGCUAGGGAGCUCGGUUUCACUGUGAUCAUAGAUAUGCGUGGGAAGCACGCGUCAAAUAACGUACGACCUAUCCUGAAAUCCAUUAAUCAUCUCUGUGAGACGACAAAUGGGCUUAUUAUCAUGGUCUUAAUAAUUAAACCGGACACUUUUUGGGAGAAGCAAAAGGCCAACAUGCUUCUGGGAUCUUGGAGUUUUGAGGUACAUAUGAUUUCUAUUGAUGCUUUAUCGAAGUUCAUCGAUCCCAGCCAACUUAUAAGAGAUCUCGGUGGUUCUUUCCCAUACGAUCACGACGACUGGUUGGACACGCGUCUGGAAUUGGAACGCUGGAUAUGGCAGGUUUCGGAAGUGAUGCGAAAUUUGGAAUGCCAACGCAGAGCAAUGGCAGACGCUCAAUUUCCUGUAGAUGUAACCACAGCGGAAUCUGCUCUUUCUCAACAUUCCUCCAUUAAGAAAACGAUUUUUGCCAUUCCGAUUGAUCGCCUACAAAGCGAAUCUGACAGGGAACGACGUCUUAAGCAGUGGGAAACACGUCGUGUGGAGCUGGAGGGAUGUUAUCAGAUGAAACUCUUCGAACAUGACGCUGAUGAGAUGUUGGAUUGGACGCGAAAACAUUGCGACGCAUUAUCACGGCGAAUUGGCGACAUUGGUGUGAACGAUACAGAAGCGUCUGAAAGGCUUCAUGAGUUCGAAGAAUUUUCAACAACAGCGGAUAGUGCUGAAGUGAAUAUUACUCAAGUCACUAAUAUAGCUAUACGUUUGCGGUCAAUUGGUGGACAGAAUUCUAGAAACAAGGUCUAUAUUUGUUAUUUUCAGUAUUUUUCCCAACUGCCGAGUUGGGUGGAAAGCCCUGGAGUGGAUCCUGCUGGCAUGAAUGGGAAAUGGGGAGAAGUUUUCGAGGAAUCCUCAGCAGCACGAAAAGCUGUUGCUCAGGGGUCUCAAUUGGCUCAGCUAUUAAAAUCUGUGGAUGUUGAUGACGCACCUUCAAAAGAGCAGAUGGGAAAGCUAACAAGAGCUCACAAGCAUCUUCUUUGUUUGUGGAAAGAAAGAAGGGUUCGACUCCAUUCAAUGCUUGCUCUGAUUGCAUUCCGUACAGAUACACAACUGGUUGUGGAAUGGCUUGAGCAACAUGGUGAUCCGUAUCUGACAAAGAACACAAGCAUAGGGGAAACUGUCGAGCAAGCACGCACACUGCAAAGAAACCACAGCCAUUUCCGCCAGAUUGCAAGAAAUACGUAUUCGAAUGCCAAUAAACUUUUUGAAGCCAGUAAAGCAAUAUUGGAAUCAGGUGUUUGUGAUGCGGAGAAAAUGAGAGCCAUGAUCGGUGACCUGGAUCAACGGGUACAACAGUUCACCCAUCGUGUCGAAGCUAGAUUCAAUUUGCUCAAUCAGUCUGUUUUGUUUCACACGCAUUAUCAUGAGAUCAUGGCUUGGUAUGAUGAAAUGGAGAAAAAGUAUGCGGAACGGGUAGUUGACUCUGAGGUUGAGGCAUGCGAACGAAGCAAGGAACAAUGGCUCUAUGAAAGUGAUGGAACGGCUCAGGCGUACGCCACGACUAUCGGCGAAGGCACGCAACUGCUUCGCGAAUUGGAAGUUCAUUCCCAGCAUACUGGGAUUGACUACACCAGCAACAUUGCUUGCAUCAAUCGACUAAUUCGGAACAUUGAAAGUCGUAAUAGUAAAUUGUCGAGCAUUUGGAAUCCGCAACGUGUGCUGUUGCAAAUAGGACUCCGAUUUGCUGUGCUAGUUCGCGACAACUGUGAAGUACUAUCUCAAAUUCGGAGCUGGGAGGAAGAUAUGCGUGGUAUGUUGGAAUCUUCUACAUUUGCUGGAAAUGCGGAAAAGGUUCUGCCAUUCCAUCAAGACAAUACAGCUCAAGUGAAAAUGGCUGUAAAGAACAUUCGCAAGUGUGCUCAGGAAGUAUUGCAGUCUAUUCAUGGAAAUGGUUUUUCUGAUUUACGGACGAGGCAAGGAAAAAGUGUUACCGAUCUGAUUAGAGAGAACCUAAAGAUCCUCGAAGUCGCCGAACAUCAAGUAAUGCAGUAUGCUGCUGAGACGUCUUACCGCAUCGAAGGCUCCCGAAAAUUGGGACGAGCUGCUAUAGUUUGCUACAAAACUUACCUCACUGGAGUGUAUCCCAUUCUCGAUCAACUGGAGAAGGAUUAUAGUCAGAAUCCCGAUCGCGAUUGGUGUGCGGUACGAGUGGGUGAAACGCCACAGGAGAGAGUCAACGUGAUUUCGGAGCUGCUCAGCAAGCACAUGGAUUACAAAGAUCGAUUCCUGAAGGGCUGUAUUUAUGCACAGAAAACUAGUGAACUUUUCCUGAAGUACAUAGAAAGAACCAGCUCAGGGACUGGUGUACAUAAUCGACUUGACAGUGAACGAAUCAUGCGUAUGAAGUCAGAUUUACGUGAACGGCAAUCAAAGAUACUUGAAUUGUGGACGAAAAAGAAGAAACAGCUGGACAGAUGUCAGCAAUUUGUUCUGAUGGAUGCAACACGGCAUGUGUUGGUUGACUGGCUAUGUGGAGAAGGUGAACGCCGUUUAACUGAAUUCCUGGGAAAGGGAGUUGCCGACGCUGCUACGCUGGAAGAUUUCCAUACCUUCAAGCUGGCUGUAAAGGAAGAGCGAGCAAAGAUCCAGACGCUUUUGUGCAUGGCUGGACCGAUCAGGGACGAAGCAAAGCAACAUGCGGCUGACAUUGCAGACUGUAUGGAUGAUGUACGUCUCCGGUUUGAGAAAUUUUCACGGCGGGUUGCUGAAUGUGAAACUCUACUUCGUGGAGGGAAACCGAUACCUAAAGAUGAUCUUUCGCUCGAUCGAUUGUCUGAUCCAAAUGUUGAAGAGAACAUGAACAUUAUGAAGCGUGAGCAGAAUAAGAAAAUG